AUGCCUCAAUAUGGUCGCUCUGACGUGCUUGAAGAGGCAGAACUUAAAGAAAAUUCAGGACCGGACGGCAUCACCGAAGACGACGUAGUCACCGUUGUACAGAGUGACCAGAAACAGAGAUUUUCGCUUCGCUGGCGUAUUCCGGGUGGGACAGGGCCCAACGACGACUAUGAAGAAGUACAGUUGUUUUCAAGGGGAAGCAACGUCACAUCAUUGAUGGAGACCGGGGCCAACCGGGGGAAGAAUACUCGAUCGCAGAUGCCACGCUGCGACAGCGCUAACCCAGGGAAUGGCGAUGUCAGUGCGAAGACCAUAGUAGUUGCUGUAGUAAACUACGGCCGCCUUCGAGUCAGGGCUGUGUUCUAUGCAUAA